AUGUGGAGACAUGGUGAUCGUACACCAAUAAUUUUACUUCCAAAUGAUGCGGCUAAUGAUGAGGAAUCGUGGGAAAUUGGCUUAGGUGAAUUAACAGUUGAUGGCAUCUGGCAAGCGUAUCAUCUUGGCAAGUUUCUUCGGCAACGAUAUGAUGGAUUUUUGAAUGAAACUUUUAAAACAUCCGAGAUUUACGUAAGAAGUACAGAUAUCAAUCGUACAUUAAUGACAGCUAAUGCUGUCCUUCAAGGUUUAUACCCACAGACAUAUCAUAAUGAUAAAUUAUCAUCAUCAGUAUGGCAUCCAAUACCCGUGCAUACAGUACGAGCCGAAGACGACAAACAAUUACUCCAACAAGAUUGUCCGAGGGUAAAAGAAGAAUUACAACAGGUGCUUAAAACGGAAGCGAUACAAGAUAUGUUAAAGUUGAAUGAAAAAUUUUUGCGAUAUAUCGGUAAACAUAUGAAUGUAAAAAGUGGCUAUUUUAAUCUUGAAAAUAUUUGGCUUGUAUAUGAUUCACUUAAAGUUAUUACUUACCAUAAAGAUAAACAUCAAUUUCCAAAUUGGGUUAAUGAAACAGUAUGGAAUAAAAUUUCGGAAAUGUAUAAUUUGUGGGGUCAAUAUCAAUACAAUACCGAUUUAUUGAAAAGACUUCAAGGAGGCGAGCUAUGGAAGGAAAUUUUUGCAAGACUUAAUGAUUUGAUGACGGAACACUCAGUGUGGAAACAAAAGAUGUAUGCAUAUUCCGCGCACGAUGAUACAUUAGCAGUAUUAUUAAAUAUGUUUGGUAUAGAACUUACUACUUAUCCACCAUAUACUGCUCUUAUAUUACUUGAAACGCAUUGGAUUGAUAAUCAGUUCAUUCUUCAGCUUUACUACAAAAAUGUUACCGAUUCCAAUCAAAUUUAUCGUUUUCAAAUUGCCUAUUGUGAUGACAUAUGUACGGUAGAGAAGUUGGAGACAGCAACAAGCAAAUUUAUUCCACUCAAUUGGGAAAUGGAAUGUGAUCCAUUCGUUUUGUACAAGAAAAUGAGUACAGCUAUAUUAUUGAUAUCAAUGAUCAGCAUUGUCGCGAUAAUUUCAUGCCAAAUUUUGAAAUCACAUUUAAGAAAACGAAAAGUAUAUAGCGAUCGAAUGGUUCUUCCAUCUGAUGCUGAUAUGGCACUUUUAAGAGAAGAUGUGACACGAUAA